GCCUUCUCCUAUUUACCCUUGCCAUAUCUUCAAAUUUCACACCAGUUUUCAAGAACAAGAAGAAGAAGACAACUUGAAACUCAACUCACAUCACAGGAGCCCAUUCAAACAAAUAGAAAGCCACUACUUCCAAGCAUGCCUCAUCCCAUCGUCUUUGCCGCAGGAAUGGCCAUCAUCGUCGGAGCGGGAUACGUGAUCUACACCGAGCUGAACCGGAAGUCGGACGAGGAGGAGGCCUACCAGACCUACUGUGCAACCAUCCGGGCCGAAAAGGAAUCCCGCAAUCGCAGACUCCAGGGCUUGAGAGACGCUGAACUCGACGAUAAGGCCCAGCAAUCCAGCUCGAGCCUCAAAAACAUUCACCACACCAGCCUCAGACACCGUUCUACCAACCAAUCCACUCCUCAGGAAAAGAUGGACUAUCCCCUAAUCGACCUUGGCCAACAAUUUUAUCCACCCAUCCCACGUUCCCAUCGAUCGACGAGCCCGAGCCGAUCCUCAAGCUCCUCGAAUUCACACCUGAACAAAAUCCCUUCAUUCAACCCAAUCCUCGACAUCCCCAUCCCCGACCCUGUGAUCUUCAUCGCACCAAGUCUGGAGGAGUCUGUGGAGGCGGAAGGGAGCGCUUCUCGGGAACUGCAAGACUCGACGGAGGCUCUGCUUUCGCAGGACCAGGAUCAAUCCACGGACGUGUCCGACGAAACGCCAUUGAUUGACUGGAAGCCGCAGGAGGAGAGCACCACACUGGGCCGGCUACUAGGGCUCGAGCCGCAAGACUCUGAUCCGCUCCAACCAGCCAGCAUGCAAGCAUCCGAACAGCCCGAGUACUCCGAGGAACCCCAGAGAUCUCAAACGGACCGGGAAGCCGACCAAUCGCCCUGCCAGCUCUCGGCCCCAUCCUCGCCCAAGAGUCCCUUCGAACUGCCCGUCCCUCAGCUGCCCGUCGAUACCUCCUUUGCGAGUGACUCCGACGACUGGUCGGUUGCGGACGAACCCGUUCAGACUUCCACUAACUCUCCCUCUCUCGACGGGAACUGGUCCGAUCUUGGCUCAGACUCCUUCGAACGCAUCUGAUCCCCUCUAGACUCCCCCCUUCAUCGUUCCAUUGCUCUGUAGACCUCCCUAUUCCAUCUCUCUCUCUCUCAUCACAAAACUAAAUAAAUCCUUAUCCCCCCCC